AUGCGCGCCGGGAAAGCGGGUGCGCCAUGCGAGCUGGGACAAGGUUCCACGAUGAACAUACAACAACGAGCUAGGCCGUUUCUUCACGACUUCCUGAAACACCCACUUUUAUCAUUCUUGACCCCUCUUCCUCACCGAGAUUUUUACAUUAAGCAGGUGCUAUUGGUUCCAUUUCUCACACGAUCCCUUCGCAAUGAGACAUGUCUCAUGACCUUCAUCAGUUACGUCUGGUGUCGCAUUUUGGGGUUCCGGGUGAUUAUAUUCAAGGAGCUCGUUAUACAGUUUCUUUCUACUGUCCGGUUCAACUGGGAUACCAGGAUUUGGUCGGAUGACUUAACAUUGUCUUUCAGGCUGGGUGGAGUUGCUCGAUCUUGUAGUUUGUUAGAGCUUGGGAAGCUUCUGGAGAUAUAUUCUGCCAAGGAUAUUGAUCAUCUUUUCUUGGAGACCUUCUUAGACAGUUGUAAUCUCUCGGAGCCGAGAGAAUACAAUUAUAUGAGUGUUUGGCCCCUUGCUGUCAGAGAGUACAUGGUGAGGUCGGUGAAGGAGAGAAACUUCAGGUCUCCUUUGCAUCUGUUCAUGCACCGCCUUAUCAUCUCCACUAUUCAUCAUCGUGAGGAGCAACAUAAGGUCCCUUCAGACGACCUUUUUCCGAUGUGGUGCCUCCUUCAUAUUGAUGUUCACCUCCAUAUUCCUUAUGCCAUUUCUUACUUCCUUUCCUCCAGUCUAACACUGGGAUCUCGGCCACGGAGCAAGAUCUAUGGUGGCCAUUUUAUCUGCCACUUGGCUCGGUCUUAUAGGGUUGAUACUUAUGGGAUAACUCAUUAUCCCCUUCGAGAGUUGGACGGGCGGAUCUGA